UUUUUAAAGUUUUACUAUUGAUUGCACAGUGCAGUCUGCACUGUAUUCCAAAUUGUACUCAUUGCCAGAAUUUUUGGAGCUGCAGAACUUACCUGGCGUAAUUCUGUUGGGGAAGACAAUAAAGUUACAGUAGCAGUAAUUAACCUCAUUUAUAUACCUAGUGCAAUGUAUAUCUAUAUUCUUAACGUUAUUAAUAACUGUUAAUUACGCACUCUUUACAUAACAAUUACGAGUCAUAUCUCAGCCACAGCAGCCGUGCUGGCCUAUGCAUAAAUCCUAGCGGAUUUCAGGCUAUGCUGCCGCUAUGGGCGCUGAGAAGCUUUUUGUUGUUGUUUAACUCGUUGCGGCCGGCCUGUCGCCUGAAGGGAUGUUUCCCGAUACAGAGGCUGAUAGCCCAUCAUAGUCGUCAUCUCCCAGUCAGCCUUCGGAAAUCGAUCGGUCGGUCCCGGACUAUAAGCGAGCUCCAAAAUAAGGAUAAAAUUGGCAAAUACGCAUACGUAUAUCUCAUCCUGUGCAGCCUUGAUUCCAUUUAGCUCUUAGCAGUUCUUACUAGAUGGAUCACGAGAUGGUGCUUCAGCCAGUCACGGACUUGCGACGCUGACGGAGAUGGAUCAUGGAUGUCGAAAUCUGUUGAUGUUUUUUAUUAUGCAUGUGUGAACAUGGGUUUGCUGAAUUGCUCUUUGUGUGUGUAGUAUACCAGCAGCAACCAGUCCCGCGGUUGCCCAGCUGCAAAAUAUGCCUUGUUCUCGUUCGCGCCGAAAAGAACAGACUUGCUGCUGCAGCUGUUGAUUCAAAACUGGUUUGGCUAAUUUAUUACUUACGAUUACUACUUACGGUUAACAGUCCCAUUAUUACUACGCAGUUUGACGGAGUGAUUAUUUUUGCUGGUUGCCGAUCGUAAAUAAUGGUAUGCUUAUCAGAGAUAAAUUUUAUGGUCAUAUCAUCGUUUAAGUUUGUUGCAAUUUCCAAGCGUACACGACAGCCCUUCCCUUGAGUGUUAAUUUUAUCGUAUCAUGCGAGCACAUAAAAUGUGUGCAUGAAAUUAUUGUGUUGCAAGUGCUGGUUUAGUAUGGACGCAUCGAUAAUUCAUCCCCGAAGCAGUUGUUUGCGUUACGUACAUCAUCUGUGAAUAAUUUGCAUUCUCGUGAUUAUUCAUGAAAACUUUAUGAAGAUGCAUGCCAGCGGAAGGAGGUAGAAUAUGAUCGCCCACAUUUGUUGUAACCUGACGAGAAAAUGACCGAGAAACCUACUCGUGAUCGCACCGGAAGUGUUGCUCUGCGGGAACAACGGGAAGAACUGGAAGAAAACCUGCAACGCGAACUGAGCGGUGUUAAUGCCGUUCAGGACAUUCAGACAAGCAACAGUGCCAGAAAAGAGAAACUGCGCGAUGACAGCUCCGGCGAAGGUCCGCAAGGCGCCGAAGCCGGACAUUAUAAGUUGGCACGCACGGGAACGUACAAAGAACAGAAACGCCUGUAUAAGGAAGAAAAGAAACGCGUUACCGAUGAAGUGAUGCAGAUAUUAUCCGAGUCGACAUUCCUUAUAGAUUCUGGCUGGCUAAAGGCGCGCACGACUAUUAAGACGUGGACGAAAGUAUGGUGUGAACUCAAACCAGGUGGAUUGAUUCUUUACAAAAAUGAACGUCUUAAUGAGACAACUGAAAGUAUUUGGGUUGGAACCAUUCUUCUUAAUAUCUGCCGAAUCAUUGAGCGACCCAGUAAAAAGGAAGGCUUUUGUUUCAAAAUUUACCAUCCCCUGGAUCAAAAUAUUUGGACAAACAAAGGGCCGCAUGGAGAGACUUUUGGGAUGAAAGCUUUCGGUGUUCCACUGCCGGUUGAUCAUGUUAUUUUUCGAGCGGCUAACGAUUUAAAGGGAAGAGAAUGGCUGUCUGAAAUCGAGCUGGUUGUUAAACAUUCGCCGGAUUAUUUCACACAGUCUCAAAGUGGUCAGGGCACGUUGAAAAGGGACGGUGUACGACGGACGGCGUCCACUGGGGUGGAUCAGAGCCGUUUGUUACAGCGUAUGCGUUCGGAAUCCGAUUCGGUUACGGCUGAAGAGGGCGCUACCCAGACUGAAUCUCCCAUUCCUAUCUCUGGUGCAUCGCACUGGAAUGACACUGAUUCUCAAGAGGAAGACGAUGAGGAAGAGAAUGUUAGCGGAAACGAUAGCAGUAACCAUAAUGAACAGUUCGUCGAGGCUGAAGAUUACUUGGCAGAUGCUAUUCAGGAGACAUCGUACGUGCUUAACCAUAAAGAAGAGCUGGGCCAGCACGGGAAAGGUUUGGAAGAAAAGCUUCCAGAAGAAGAGCGAAGUCUUUUCUGGCAUCUUUUGUUACAAGUACGCCCUGGUAUGGACUUAUCAAAGGUUGUUUUACCUACUUUUAUACUGGAUCCGCGAUCUCUGCUUGAUAAAUUGUCGGAUUAUUAUUACCAUGCUGAUCUUCUUUCCAAAGCUUCUCAGUAUGACAGUCCUUUCGAAAGGAUGAAAGGCAUUGUCGUGUGGUAUUUGUCUGGAUUUUAUAAAAAGCCAAAGGGUGUGAAAAAGCCAUAUAAUCCUAUCUUGGGAGAAGUAUUUCGUUGCGCGUGGGAGCAUCCUGAGAAGAAAUCCCGUACCUUUUAUGUGGCUGAACAAGUCUCUCACCAUCCGCCUAUAUCGGCAUUUUAUGUUUCCAACCGACAGGAGGGAUUUACAAUAAGUGGUGCUAUUUUAACCAAAUCCAAAUACAAAGGAAAUUCUAUUCUGGCGAUCCUUGACGGAAGCGCCAAAUUGAAAUUGUUGAGCCGCGGGGAAGAGUAUAUUAUUACCAUGCCGCAUUUGAUAUGUAAAGGGAUGCUGUUUGGCAAAUUAUCGAUGGAUCUCGGCGGAAAAGUGACCAUAGCAUGUGCCACGACCGGCUACUCAACGGAAUUAAAUUUUUCUGUCUGGCUGACACGCACGGUGAAUCCGGUGGAGGGCCGAAUUAAACUCGGCAACGAAGUGAUGGCAACUCUGCAGGGUAGUUGGGAUGGAGAGAUGUUCGUAACGGAUAUGAAAUUAAAAAGUACGGAGCUAUGUUGGAAACCGAUACCGGAAGCUAGACUAAAUCGCCUAACUGUCACUUUUGAUCGUCAAAGCGACUUUGAAUCCGAAAAAUUAUGGUCCCGCGUAACGGCAGCCCUUGCCGUGAACAAUCAACUAGAAGCUACGCACGAGAAAACUUUUUUAGAAGAUAACCAACGAGAGCAAGCGAAGGAGCGCCUAGCCAAGAAAGAAUCUUGGAUUCCGCGUCUUUUUGCUCAAGAUGAAAAUGGAGAAUGGUGCUACCGAUAUGCCGACUUUCGACCAUGGGAUCCAUUGUUAGAUCUACAUCAGUUUGAAAAUGAUUUUUGCAUCCAGACCAAAACACGCCACCAAGGUCCACUCCCAGUUGGACCUCCAAUGGAAAUGAAACCGGCAGUGUUAGAUGGGACCAGUGAGCCAAUUCGGAUUACGAAAGCUGCGGUGCGGCACGGGUCUAAAGCCAGAAGGAGAAAUAUUCCUAAUGACUCGGAUACAUCCAGCGAUGGAAUUAUGGAACGUAAUGAUUCGAGUAAAUCGGCACUUAUAUCCGGUGCAACAGUUCCCCGUGCUUUCACUGCCGAUAAACUAGUCGACAGCAACCUUUGGCCGGCGAUACAGGCCCUACAAGUGCAGCAAUCCCAGAUUCUUUCGGAGCUGCAAGGUAUGCGGCCGGUCAUUCAGCGUACUGUUUCCCAUUCCAGUUUGGAAUGUCGACUUGAUUCCCUCAUUCAGAAAUUUCAGUUCUUCCUGUGGAGCGCCGCUGUUUUUGGCAUUGCAUGCUGUAUAGCUGUUGUGUGGCGUAUUCUAUGAAUUUUGUCGGCGUUUUGUAUUUAAUUAGGUGGUGUAUGAUCUUAGCGGACAGAGCAAUCCGGCAUGUGGUGCUGCUGUACCGGCACUUAAUGGCUGCUUUCAGCUACGGUUCUGUGUUAUAAUUGCGCCAAAAGUUGAUUUUGAAUUUUCACAGAGAAUGUUCUUUUUUAAUUAUUUGUAUCAAAUACGAUUUGCGAAAUGAUUUAGAAAUUGUUCAUUUCGAGCCUGUUUGUAUGUUAGUUGUAUCGAAAGAAAAUAUAAACGAUGGAGAACAGUCCAGAUUUUUGGAUAUUAAAUUUGUUGUUUUG